AUGGAAGACAUUGAUGCUCAAAGAUUGAAAGUCAAGAAAGAAAGAGCUCCGAAGUUAUCUGUUCAUAUAGCUAAAGAAGUUACCAAAGGACAAUUACUGAAGCAUGUAGAAAUCAGCGAAAAAAGUGUUUUACCCACAGCUCUCGACAUCUAUCGAGAACAAGUGGAUGAAAAUUUGAAAGGAGAAAUAAAAACACAUGAUACCAGUAAACUUCGUCACGCUGAAGUUGUUGAGAAAAAUGUAUUACCGACAUCUGUUGUGCUCUUAUUGGAACUUCAAUAUUGGAUUUUAAGUUUGGAGUAA